AUGUGGAGCACUUUGCUGUGGGGCCUUGUGGCUUGGAGCAGUCUUCUUAACAUACAUCCUGCCGAGGCAGCCAAGCUGAUUCCUAGCCUGGGCUACUUUGUUGAGAUGAAGCAAAUGGAUUGCGUGGGCAAUCCCAGUUACUUUGCCAACAUACACUGCCGUAUCCUUCCACCAAACAACAGGACCAUGGAGGCCUCGGUGACCAUUAUGCAGAAACUAGGCCCCUUUAGUGGCUCUCUUAGAGUCUCUAUACCCAAUGCCAAGAAGGUCAUUACCCAGAUAUUUGAUAUAACCUUUGACGUGUGCAAAGUUUUGCGUGAGAGGAAAAGAAAAGCGCUAAUCGAUUUGCUGGUAAACACGGUGGCUAGGAAUAGCAAUGCCAAGGACUGGAGGUGUCCAUUUCCAGAGGGAAAAUUCGAAUCGAAAAACAUUUCAGUCAGCGGUCUGCCGCCCAUGUUAACCGAAUCGGACUUUUUGGUAAACUUGGACUUUUUCAUUCCCAAGGUGGCGCAUGCCUUCAAUGUAACACUUAAAGGACAUCUCUUUGAUAUUGCCAAGGAAAAGGCAAGGCAAAAGAAAUAUUUGUAG